AUGAACACAUGGCUGCAGCAGGUGAAGGAGGCUGCAGACGACGCAGAAGAGCUGGUCAAGGACAUGGAGGCCGGUGAGUCAGCAAUUCCUGAUGUUAUGGCUUGGUUUCGUUCUGAUAGCAGUAAUCUCCUCAGAAUGAAAUAUACCAUCGGGAGACUUGUUAGCGUGUGCACUGAAGGUGAAUCCCUUCUUGGCAUGCCGGACGUGGAUGAGGAUGUCCGGGAAAGCAAUGGAAAUGAUAGUGCUCCCUGGACCCCUGAUCACACCUAUGUUGUUGGUCGAGAUAAGGAAAUAGCUAUGAUUUUGGACAUGAUAUUGGAUGAUGCUCAUUUCAAGGCAGCAACGUCGCUUGAAAGCUGGGAAACUAUUGACAGCUUACAAAUUUCUCAGAAAGGAUGGAUCAUUGAGACCCUCAGGAACAUAAAUCUAUCUGUGCAGAGACAUGAAGAUGCACAAGUAUCACCUUACCAAAAGGAAAUUGGUGGCACAAUAGAAUAUACCCGGGUGUACAAUAAUACUGUAAGGGAACUGACGAACCCUGUUAUCAUUCCGAUUGUUGGAAUCAGCAGGGUCGGUAAAACAACACUUGCCCAGCUCAUUUUCAAUAACGAAAGGGUCCAGAAGCACUUCCAGGGUCAAUCUGCAUGGGUCUAUUGUACUGACAACAUCAGAAAGGAAGAGUUGAUGACAAAAAUCUUGGUAUCUUUGCAGCCUCCAGACAAGAUGAACAGCCUCCGCAAUCAGCUUCAGAGUUUCAUAGGAGGAAAGAGGUUUUUCCUUGUACUUGAUGAUGUAUCUGAUGAGAUAUGCGCAGUUUGGGGUGAUGUAAUAAGUGUUCUAAACAGAGGUGCACCUGGAAGCGUCGUCCUAGUGACAACCCAACUGUAUGGUGUGGCCAACUUUAUGGGGACUACGACUCCAAUAUUUUUGAAUCCUCUGCAGUAUGAUGACUUGUGGAAACAUUUUAAGCAUCAUGCAUUUUCUGGUAAUCAAAGUACAGAAGCUCUGGAGUCAAUUGGCAGAAAAAUAGCAGACAAAUUACAUGGUCUUCCUUUAGCAGCAGCAAUGAUUGCGGUAUCAUUGAGAAAUUAUUUAGAUCAAGUGCACUGGAAUACUCUCUUAAAAAGUUGGUGGUGGAGUGUUUCAAGUAAUAGUUUGGGCAUCCAUGUUGCAGCUUCUCUUGGAGUUUGUUACUGUGAAUUACCUGCACAUUUGAGGCAGUGCUUUCUUUAUUGUUCAAUAUUUCCUAGAAACUAUAUAUUUGGAAAAUAUGAGUUGAUCCAGAUGUGGAUAGCUAAUGGCUUCAUUGAGCUAAACCACACUGCUGGUACAAGAAGCUUGGAGGACGUAGCUUCCGAAUGGUUUGAUGAACUUGUCAAUAGGUGCUUUCUGCAACCAACAAUUUGGGAGCUCCGAUACGUUAUGCAUAAUUUGGUUAGAGAUUUUGCAAUUGCCUUAACUUCUAAUGAGCAUCGUGGUGUUGAUUGUGAACUGGUAGAUCUUCCACACAAUGUCCGCCAUUUAUCCAUGGAUAUUGAUCAUAUGAACGUGCCAUGGGCUGACUAUAACAUUAAAAGUUUGCGAUCACUAAUGUUGUUUGGUGGCUUCCAUGACACCAACCCUAGUGAAGGUUACAAUACUAGCCUUCUGGAGAGGUCUUAUGGAACUUAUGGCACUGUUGAUAACAUUUGUGAGGGGUUUUCUGACUCAAUUGAUAAAGGUGCUAACAUCAUUUUGAAGAGAUCUUGUGUGACUAUGGACAACAUUUUAGGGAAAUCAACAAGCUUGCGCUUAUUGAAUUUGUCUAACAUGAGGCCCGAUGAUGCAUCAGCAUGCAUUGAUGAUCAUCUACCUGUUGAAGAUCAUGUUGCAGCUUUUUCGAAGUUCAUUACAAUGAAUCCAAAGCUGCCGCGGUUGACUCAUCUCAGAUACUUAGAUUUUUCAUACAGUGGGAUUACUGAACUUCCUGAUUCUGUAUGUACCUUGUGCAAUCUACAGGUUCUUGGCUUGCGAAGCUGUAGAUUCAGACAGUUACCAAGACACAUGAACUCAUUAAUUAGCCUGCGACACUUACAUGCAGAUGCAGAUACAAUUGCUCUAAUUAGUGGCAUUGGAGGGCUAACAAAGCUCCAAGACUUGCACGAAUUCCGUGUUAAAGCAGACGAUGGCCACAGAAUAACUGAGUUAAGGGACAUGAGGUACAUUCAAGGUUCCCUUUGUAUCUCAAAUCUUCAGAGUGUGGCCACUCAAGCAGAGGCAGCUCACGCUAACUUAUUCAGAAAGGAGCGUAUUACUUGUUUACAUCUAAAAUGGGACAGAAGUCAAUAUUUGAGUGGUAAAUAUAACCCUUUCAGAAAGGAGUUGAGUCAGUAUGAUGAAGGUCAAAAAGAGCCAGGUCAUGUUUCCUUACUUCAGAAGAAUUACAGGUCUUCAGAUAUUUCAGGGUCAAUUGUGAAUCUACCAGGGGUCUCUACAUCUGAUCUAGCCAUUGGCAUAUUAGAGUGUUUGUCUCCACCAAGGAAUUUGCAAAAGCUGAAAAUUUUUGGGUACCCAGGGUGUUCAUUUCCAGACUGGAUGGAACGCCUUAGAUAUAUCCAAGUUAUUGAGAUAAGCCACUGCAUAGAACUGCAGGUACUUCCUCCUAUUGGACAGCUGGAGCAUCUAAGGAAACUGAAGUUAUAUGAGCUGCCAUCCAUAAAAGAUGUCAGGUCUGAUGUAUACGGAACCUCGAAUGUUGUCUUUCGUUCUUUGGAGGAGCUGAGUUUUGGAUCCAUGGUAAAAUGGGAAAAUUGGGCAGAUGCAGAGAACAGACAAUUCUUUCCAAACCUGCAAAAGAUGCAGAUUAAUAGGUGCUAUAAUCUGAGGGAACUACCUUUUAUGGCCUUGGGCUUAGCUAUCAAAGAACUUUCACUUUCACGUUGUGGUUCAUAUUCCAGUACAGUAUCAAGUUAUUUGUGUCGACUAACCUGUCUCACACAUUUAAAGGUAAAUGAUUGCUCACAAAAGUUAAUCCUUCCAUGUCAAAGCUUGGUAUCACUGGAAUACCUGCACCUUUCAAAUUGUAAGGAGCUCUGCUUUGAGGGUGGAAUUUUUUGUAUGAACAAUUUGAAAGCCCUACAUAUUUCCAGCUGCCACAUAAUCACAUUAUCCCUAGAGGAAGAGAUCAGUCGCCUGCUCUCAGGUUGGGCACUAAUGUAUGGAGAAGAGCAAGCACUUCUUCUUAAAGCUACUAUUCUUCAGUUAGUCAAAGCGACAGGCAUGAAAAGUAGAGAAAUCCACCUUCCUGUUUCCUCUGUAGCUGGAUUAUCCAAAGAGUCAGGCAGAAAAAGGAGAGACACAACGCAUAAACAUGAACGCAUUCAUGUUAUGCAAUCUCUCACUGAACUUACAAUGGAUAACCUUUCCCAGUCUCUAAAUCUUGAUAAUAUUCUUUGCAAACUUUCAGCACUUCGCACUCUGUGUCUUCACAAGAUUCAAAAGAUAUCUGUUCUUCAAGAACAGUGGCUUGAACAGAUUAAGUCCCUACAGGAGCUGGAGUUUUCUAGUUGCUACCUACUCAGGAAGCUCCCCUCGAACCUGAACUCUCUGUCGUCCUUGAAGAAGUUGAGUCUGCAGUCAUGUUCCCAAAUUCACUCGCUACCAUCUAAAGGUCUACCACAGAACCUAAAGGAGUUACAGAUACUAGGUUGCUCAUAUAUCCUAGAGGCACGAUGCCAGAAGGAAGAUGGGGAGAUAUGGGUGAGGAAGAAGAUACAGGAAUGGCAGAUGCAAAAAAUAAAAGAAUAUCGACAGAAAAAAACAAACGAGUUCUGGCAAGGAUGGCAGAUGUACGAGGAAGAGUGGAUCCAGUGUGCCGGAGACCAGCUGAAGAAUAAGGGAGUGGUUGACAAAUGA